AUGGGUGGUCCCGGUAUAAUUGAUGGUAAAGAGCAUCCAGAAACAGAUAAUUUUCUUCCAUGUAAAUUUGUUAUUGAUGGAAUAACAUAUUCAUCAGCCGAAAAUUAUUUUCAAUGUGCUAAAACAACAAAUGAACAAGAUCGAAAAAAGAUUUUGAAUGCAGGACCAGGUGAUUCAUGUCGAUUAGCUGGACAAACGAUUCAAUUAAGAUCAGAUUGGGAAUCGAUUAAAGUCGAUGAAAUGUAUAAAGGAAAUUUAGCAAAAUUUCAACAAAAUGAAGAUUUAAGAAAACCUCUAUUAGAAUCUGGUACAGGAUCCGUUCAUUUUACAUUAUCAACACCUUUUUGGAAUCAUUGGAAUGAUCUUAUCAUGCAAAGAAUUCGAGCUGAACUACGUCAAAACGGCGAAGAAGACGCUCAUCGUGCAACAGAAAUUCGUCAAGCAAUGGAAAAAUAUGCGCAGGAGAAUAAAUAA